CCGGCCUUGGCUCGUCACAUACGGGCUUCCUCAUCGCGAGCUCUUUCCAAGACGAGCCAAGGACCCCGGCGAGCCACGCAACAUCCUGGCUCCGUCUGCAGCAAUCGUCUCGCUCAUGUGUUGCAACCCAAGGUUCACGUGGGCAUGACGCGGUCGUGGGCGCAAGAGUCUGCAUGUGCUCGGGUUACUGAAGGGCUGGCUGGCCAUCAAGGUCCUCACGACAAGCUAGCUCCCGCACGCCCGCAAAUCACCGGCGCCCACCAUCCCGCUGCUGCGGCGCUCGACUCCACCCACUCGACGUCAGCCCUGUUCCUCAUGUCGAUACAUGUGUGGUGGUCCUCGACCACGGAUUCGCUGUCUAUGCCAGCACCUCGUGGCCGUUGUGUAGACCACUCACGAGCUUGCUUCCACCACGGCGCAUACCUCUGCAAUGUCUCGGGCGUUACGCUGCAGCUUGGUCAUGCCAUAGUGUCCCGCAGUAAGUGCGUAGUGAACGAGUAUAGUGCCCUUAAGUCGCCGGCAAACGACAUCUCGCUCUUUCGGUGGACCCGUGGCCCUGUCCAGUCUCGUCAGGAAUGCAGCCUCGAGCCAUGGGACCCUGCUUUUGGGUCAGCGGCGCCGCCCUCGCAUUAGUUGGUUCGGAAAAACGCUCACGACUAGAUCAGUCACCGAGGACCGGCCGUUUCAGGCCCCAAUCUCAAGCGCUAAUUUGAGUGGCCAUCAAGGUCUUCAUAACGGCUUAGUCGGCAUGGGUCGACACUUGAGCACUCAUUCCUGCGACACCUGAGCCGGACACUUCCAUUGCAGAACGGGUUGACAC